GCAUCCUGCGCGGCGAGGGGACGACAAGGCGGGACAGUGCGAAAGCGGCUGCUGGGGCACCUGCGGGCAGAGCGGGCUGCGCCUCCUUCUGAGGCGUUUCAGCACCUGUUUAGCCUGCGGCGGCGGCGGCAACCAGAAAGGUGGUACUGUCGGGCCCUCCGAGAAAUGGGAGAUCCAGGGCCGGAGAUAAUAGAAUCUGCCCCCCCAGCCGGGCCUGAGCCGUCUGAGUCAACAACGGAUGAAAACGAAGAUGACAUUCAGUUUGUUAGUGAAGGACCAUUAAGACCUGUUCUUGAAUACAUUGAUUUGGUCUGUGGGGAUGAUAAAGAAACCAGCACCUAUCAUAGUGAUAUUCUGUUCCCUAAAAUGCCAAAACGGCAGGCUGAUUUUUCACAAUUUUUAAAUGUGAAGAAAUUGAAAACAGACACAGAAAGUAAAAUAGAAACAAAUCAUUGUGGAUUGUCUAAGCCAAAGGUAUCAAAUUUUGAAUAUGUUGAACAGCCACUUGUCGAAGAAAAUCAAAAUCCGUCAUCUUCACCGAAGGAAGAAAUAGAUCAUCUUAUGGUUCCAGGUUGUUGGAAUGAAAAACAAGCGCUUAUGUUUACUGAACAGUACAGAUGGCUUGAAAUAAAGGACAGUAAAUUAGGAUGUAAGGAUUGCUCCACAGUUUGGCAUUUGGGAUCAAAAGCAGAAAAGCGUGUCCAUGUGUCUAAGGAGUGUAUUGCAUAUUUAGUAAUCCCUAAUGGCAAUAAUAAAACUACUAGACAAGCUUCUCUGUGGAAAAAAAUUAGGGAACAUGAUGUUUCUAAAGCUCAUGGUAAAAUUCAGGAUUUGUUAAAGGAAUCAGUUAAUGACUCAAUUUCUAAUUUAGUGCACAAACAAAACAAUAAAAAUAUUGAUGCUACCAUCAACGUUUUCAAUAUUGUGUACAGUUUAGUAAAACAUAAUCGACCUUUAUCUGAUAUUGAGGGGAUAAUAGAAUCACAAGAGAAAAAUGGAGAGGUCAGCUGUUUAAAUCGAUACAGCGCAACAAGAAUAGCAGAGCAUAUUACAAAAGAAAUGAAGAUGAAAAUAUUUAAAAAUAUUGUAGAAGAGAAUGCCAAAAUCUGUAUCAUAAUUGAUGAGGCAUCUACAGUUUCAAAGAAAAGCACACUGAUGGUUUAUCUCCAGUGUACAGUUCAUUCAGCUCCUGCACCAGUUAUGUUAUUUGUCACUUUAAAAGAAUUAGUGUCGAUGAGAGCAGAGUAUAUUUUCAGUACAUUAUUGAGAACUUUAAAUGAUUGUGGUUUUACCAAGAAAUAUUUGAAAGCAAAUUUAAUUGGAUUUUGUUCUGGUGGUGCUAAUACAAUGCUGGGGAAAAAGUCUGGAGUAGCUACAAAGUUGUUGGAAAGUUUUCCUGAAAUCAUUAUUUGGAACUGUUUAAACCACCGAUUGCAGUUGUCACUUGAUGAUUCAAUAUCGGAAAUAAAACAAGUGAAUCAUUUAAAAGUAUUUCUUGAUAAAAUGUAUUCCAUUUACCAUCAAUCUAAUAAAAAUCAGAACAAACUUUUAGGAACUGUAGCUAAAGAUGUUGAAAUUGAAAUCAUUAAAAUCGGCCGGGUAAUGGGACCAAGGUGGGUGGCAUGUAGUUUACAAGCUGCUACUGCUGUAUUGUGUGCAUAUCCUGUAUUAUAUAUGCAUUUUUCUCAUUAUUAUGGUUUGGCAAAGAGGUUAGCUAACAUUAAUUUCUUACAAGACCUUGCUUUAAUGAUAGACAUUCUUGAAGAAUUUUCACUACUUUCAGCUGCACUACAGUUAAGGUCAACUAACAUUCAGAAAGCACAAAAAUUGAUCAAACGCACUAUAGGAGCUUUGGAAAAUUUAAAAAUGCAUUCUGGAAAACAUGAGUCUCAAAUUGAAGGUUUGAUUAAGUCAGAUAGGUUUAAAGACAUUCCAUUUAAUAGAUACAAUAAAUUCAAUGCCCUUCCUUGGAAUACGUUACUAGAAAACAUAAUUCAACACAUGAACUUAUGUCUUCAUGAUGACAGUAUUUUUUAUUAUUUUGAUUUGCUAGAACUUUCUACAUGGCCUUAUGAAGAAAUCACUUCACCAUGGAUAGCUGGUGAAAAAAAAUUACUUCAUCUGUGUGAAAUUGAUUUGAAGGAUUUUGGGGAAUUUGUAAAAAGUAAUGUAAAAUCAAACAAUGUUUCAAUUCCUCCAUCUACACAAAAAGCUAAAAAGGUAGUUAGCACUGUUGUGAUCAAUAGUGCUGAAGCUGCAAGAGGCUUCAAUUUAAUGAAUGAAAUUUGUACAAGAGUUAGAAAUAGUUUAACAAUAGAUCAUAUAUCAGAUUUGAUGACAAUAAAUUUAUUGGAGAAAGCAGACUGGGGUGCAACUCCAUUUAUAAAAUCACGGUCACAAUGCAACCGUAGGCUGGCUAUGGAUGCAAGAGUUCCGCAAAGAUCAAAAGCUUUAUGUGAAAAUCAGUUGGCUAUUUGGAACUUGGAAUAAAGAGUGUUGUGUAUUUGUUUUUAUGAUUCAUAAAUUCUUUGCUACACAUCUUUCAUUUACACAUUAAAAUUUUUUUGAAAUUCAUUUGUUAAACUUAUAUCGGCAUAUUGCUGUUUAAGAGGUAUUCUCCAAAGAGAUAAUAUAAUGUUGAUGAUUGAUUUUAGGAACUAUAGUGUUUUAGAGAUUGGCCCAUGUCUGCUAGAGCAUGCCAUACAUAUUUCAGGGAGUCUGGUACAGAACAUCCAAUCAUUUCCACUUUUUACUUUUUAGAGAAUAACAACCCAGAUAAGUCCUGAGUCCUGGAAGUUAUAUCAAAUAAAAGGGAAAUGGAAUAAUAACCAUAAGCCUUUUGGCGCUUGUCUUUCAUUAACAUAUCUGCUAAUACAGUAAUCACUAGAGUGACAUGUGGCUAUUAAGCACUUGAGCUCAGUAGGACUAAGAAAGUGAAAUUUUUAUUUAUUUUAAUUAUGUCUAAAAAUUAAGUGAAGUGUGAAAUAAAUACUUAAUGUUUAACUCAA